CAGAAAGUCUACGAAAUUCUUAAAUGUUUACUGCUGAUGUUCCGAUUUGAUCAAUAAUAGAUAUAUGAACAAAUAUAUAUUUCAUUCCUUCACCACAGUUUAAUUGCUGUCAACCAUUGUUCUAGUUAAGCUGGAUCAGGGCAUGUUUCUGUUGCCAAGUAACUCAAGGAAGAAAGAAUGGUUUCCAAUAUACAGAUUGAGUCCUGGGUUCUAAUGCAUGCCUGCAAAUACAAGUAUCACCAUGUUAUAAAAGGCAUUCUAAAUCGUCACCAUGACAACCUCGAAGAACUUGAUGUCCCAAAGAUCUACCUAUCCAUUGCUAUGAUAUAUAACACUGUGAUGACCGACAAUGUCCUGUACUAUCCUGUAGUUGUCCAUCACCUGGAUUACAUCUAUAGUGAAGUUCCUGAUGCAGUCCCUUUCAAGCUGUACAGCAAACUCACCAUGGGUCUGAAGAUGAAGGCUAGUCACGGCCAUGGAUCAACUAGCCCUAACGUGAAUAUCUGGUGUUUGGCGAGCAUAAUUUGUGCUAUGGACUUACUGAAGAAGAACCAUGAUGAUGCGCUGAUGGUACUGAACAGAUACUUCCCCCGCAAAGGCAGUCACUACGAGCAUGUGAUUCAUAGAGAGCUGUCAUGUCUACACUCUGCCCAGAAGAACUUCCGGAAGUUUUUUCUGCCACUAUUAGCACAUCAAAACCAGAGAGAGGCUUACUUUCGGGAUGAAUAUGAGGAUGAGUAUGGACAACACUACCAGGAGGCACUUCAAAAGCUGGGUGCCAUGUUUGUUGAGAAGCUGACAUCCCUCUUACCCCCAACAGUCAUAGAAAAGAUCCUGGCUGAUGGUCCGGAGAAGUACCUGCCUCUGUCGGAGGGUUGCACACACCUUUUCAUGGAGAUGUUACUGGAUACUCUACACGGAAAGGAGACUCUAGAGGAGAAAGACCUACUGGAGCUGCUGACCAUGGUCAGUCCCCUCCACACCCAGGACCGUGUUCAAGUGGACAAGGUGUGGCUCCUUAGUUCAGAAGAAAGUAAAAAGACCAGUAGCAAGUCCCUGUUCUCCAGUGAUUCAGAUGGUCAUCCGAAAGAGCUGGAACGUGACAACUGUCUUGCAGAGAUCACAGACAGUGCUAAAACAAUGGACGUUAAUCUGACUGAUAGCAAUCAAAACCAAGUUGUAAAUAGGAAAUGUCAGGAGACCAGUACUGCCUCAAAGGAUGACAAUAUGAAACGACUUAGGGAUAGUUUUGGAGAUUUCAAUGAUAAGAGACAUUUGUUUCAUUGUGCCACAAAAGAUUCUCAAAACAGACAAAUAUCUGAGAAAGAUUCUGAGCAUAAGAAGAGUUGUGACAGUGUAGAAAGUCCGAAAUCAUCGGGAGAGUCUGUGUCCAUUCUGAGAAAUAAACAUCCGCAGAUGCAAACAAAGACAUGCUCAGGGGAUGCUAGGCUACACGAUGGAGAAGAGAGCACAGGGAACCGAGAUGGGGGCUUACCCGAACAGGUACACAAAGUUACAAGUAGCUCCCCUAAUGACUCUGACCCAGGCCGACAGGUGACGUUAGACAGUGAUAACAAUACACAGAAAUUAACAGAAGAAAACCAAACGGGGUCUGUGAUUCACAUUGGUACGGAGGCAGUUACUGAGAGUGACGAGGAGGAUGUCGCACUAGAGCCAUGGUUAUCCUUUACAGACAAUUCAAAUGGCCUCAUUGGAUACAGCAGUGAAUCCGACAUAGACCAAAUAAGUGAGGAGGAGGAGGAUGACGUUGUUCCACCUUCUCGUAUGGAGGAUGUUGAAUUUUGGGAUAUUUUCACCGGUGGAGAGAACAACUGUUCAACUACAGAGCCAUUAGCAGUUCCAGCCAUUGGGGCGCACGCAAAACACCCAGACAUGAAGCUAUGUGUAGUUAAACUGUUUAGAAAUGAGAUUUUGGACCUAGAACGCGGACCUAGUGACAUCAAGUAUGAUAUCUUUUCCUGACGUUUUCUACACUCAAUAAUGUGGAUGUGAUGUAUAAUCGACCCAUUACCAACAUUCUGUAACGGAAUCAGACAUCUGAAUGAAAUGUGUUUUUGUGUUAGCUUGUGAAUUCAUUUUACAACACAUAUUGCUCAUGAAACAUUUUAUGACUGUUACAAUUAGUUUAGGCUGAUGUUGGAGAGGAACUUACCAAAUGUGUUGAUUAAUAAUAAUAAUUAUCACACCCACCUCUCAACUACUCCUGAAUUAUGCUGUUAGCCAGUAAAAUUUAUUUUGGAAGAAAAUCUUAUAAUAGAUCGUGCACCGUCUCAUACACUUUGGGUGUUUUGUUUGAAGUUGAUGUACAACAGUCAUCAAUCAGUUCAUCCGGAUUCUCAUGAAGUACCACAUAGAUUUCAAUGAAAAUGCGUACAAUUUAUAAGUGUACGAGGUAUUUGUAAACAUUUAAUUUUCUUUCUUUUGUUUGACAUUUUUAAACAAACGCACAAGUGAGCUACUUAAUGUUAAAUGCAAUCCAUUUAUCUCAUCCUUCGUGCAUGUACUUGUUACAUUUUUUACUUAACUGAAGUUCUACUGAAUUCACUGAUAAUUGAUAGGAAUAUCCCCGACGUCCAAAUGAAGAAGUUUUAUUUUCCUUGCCGAACAGAAAUCAAAUAUUGCCGCCAGAGCCGCCGAAUCUUAAGUUUAAAUGACACGGUUUACCUGAAAAAUGGCAGACAUGAUCGUAUUGUUUUGAUAAAGUGUUUUUAUUUUUCGGGCGGGCCAGAAAUCAAAUAUUGGUGUCACAGCCGCCAUUUUCAAAAUCCUUUUUUUUUCAAUUUUAAACUCAUGUUCUAAUGGGCUCCAUGCCUGAAAAUUGGAAGCGUUGAUUUACUGAUAAUCCUUACAAAGUGUUAUGUUCAGUUGAUCAGAAAUCCAGUGUGACUGGCAAGGUCACCAUUUUGAAAGAGCAACCCUAUUGGAUUGCGUAGACUUAAUUGAAAAUGUGUGUACUUUUCAGUUUAAACAUUCUAGUGCCACAUGUGAAGGUUUCAUUGCUUUUGAAUUGAGUUUGUUGCUUGUAAUUGUAAGGAAGAUAGUACUAGGGGAAUUCAGUGUUUUAUUUAGCUAUAACAAUUUGAUAUCAAUGUUACAUUAAAGCCCCUAAAUUAUUUAUCUGAUAUAUUUCUGUGUUUACUGUUUACAUUAGUUUGAAACUUAGCUACAGGCCAAACAAUACAAUAUCAAGAGAAAAAAUGUUGUUUAAAAAACCCACGACAUUAACACAGAAAUGACAUUAAGCGAGGUUGCUAUUAUAAGAAAUCCACUACCUUGGUAAUAAUGUGGAAAUAAUAAUAGCCAAAGAACCAACACACACGGACAAAAUCGGAACUCAUGCUUGAUUCAAAAGUAAAGUGUAGAGAAGAAUGAUUAAUUAACUGAUGGAUUGUAUAGAGUUUAACAUCAAUUGAGCAGCUAAGGCCAUUGAAGGACGGGUGUAGAGAAGACGCCAAAAAUGAACAAAAUACUCAUAAAAAACCGAAGGAGUUUUUUUUUUUUUAAGUAUGGAGUAAUUUCUGAGUAAUCAAAAUUGCAUAAAUCAACGGUUUGCUUUUUGUAAAGGAGUGGCGCCCAAUAGAAAAAUCGGGUGUAAAUCUUGAAAAGAUUACUGAUCAAUCACACCUUGUUAUAUUUAACAUGAUUUGCUAUAAAACAUGAUUGUUUAAGCAUUUCAUCAUCAAAUAUAUCUAGCACACAUCAAUUGGUCAAUUAUUACAAGUUUACAAUACAGGUGUUUUGUUUUGUUGUUCUGCCAGUUGUCUUGGAAUCGAUUUUUAGGUCCUAUUUCGCCUCUAUGAUUGGAAUUUCAUGUUAGUUGGUUUCUACCAAACAAGACACCAUACAUGUCUGUCAAAAUGUCAUCGUCUUGUACGAGUACUUGGUGUAUUGGACAUGGUAGUUUGAAGGUUGAUAUUAUUAAUUGAAAAGAAAAAUAACACAAGUAGUUCUUUAAUGGACGGAUGUUUAAUGUACUAAAUACAGAUCUCCAAUAAAUAGUGUUGAGUAUGACAAAUGCACACUGAAAAUAAGUUAACACAUAGAGGGUUGUAUAAAUAAGUAGGAAUAGAAGAAACAAAAAUUCAUGUAUAUCCUGAUAUAAUCGUGAAAACUAAAAAGCACAUCUUUGUUGAUCACAAAUAAAAAUUAGAAAAUAAAGUUUUACUUUCCAAGUACAUUAAUACAAUAUCCUCUUUAUCAUAGGACAUUUUGAAGCAUUGUCAGCAUGUUUUUUUAUGAAUGUGGUACAGUAUCAACAUUUUAUCGCUGGUUUGUGAGAUGGAUUAGGUU